CCGCCUAAUACCAGUCUGCUGGACAGCCCGGUUGACUUCCAUCUCUACUUGUGUCAGUGCCGGAACGUUGUCGCAUACCAACUGGUCGAUAGACUGACGAUGGCACUCGAAGCCCCCCUUCGUUCGUCUAUCGGAAGUCAAAUAUCUGCUUAUUCCCAUCAUAACGACAUGUCCGUCUCAUCUCCCGAUAACGGCUCUUUUCAAUCACCUUUCGCCAGCAUGUCUUCAAAUGCUUCAGACCACUCCGGCCGCAACGCUCUGCGCCCCAACUCCAUUCAGAGGGUUCCGUCGACAAAUUUGAAUCUAAUGAGCCCGAGCGAUAUUGUUGGACCUUCACCAGUCACCUCGACUGGUACUGAAACGACGGAGAUCGAGGACGAAGAGGCAGAGGAGGUUCAAGCCCGGCCUAAUGUUACCAAUCCGGCACCACAUCCUCAGCUUAUGAUGCUCUCGACGAAUAUCCCCGAUCAUGUACGGCAGAGUAGUAGCGAGGAGGCCGUAUCAGUCAUACAUGCGCCGGAAAGCUUUCACAGCUGGGCUUCUACGGAGCCGACAGUGAGGCCAGAUCAAAGUAGCACGAGAUCAUCCCCCAAGACCGAUACCAUGAGUCUUCCAUCAGUCUCAGAUCAUGCAGUCAAGUCGAGAUCCCCUGGGCUACCUACUCCGCCUCCCCUUUCGACAGAUAUCAGACCCGUUCGGUACAGCUUGGACAGCGCAACGCCACGCGCGCAAGACCUACACGACAUGCUCACUGAGUCUUCCCGGCUUAGGUCUAGCAGCACAAGCAGCCUUGAAAAGAUCGACGAGGCUAGAGAAGUAGAGACCGAUGCCGAAAACUACGACGAGGAGCCUUUCGCCACCCCCGCCCUCCUGCAAGAAGAUUCCGAGAUCAGAGCUUUGCGAACCGCCCUUCAAGAGUGCUGGACUCUAUGUAACACGCUAGCCAACUUGAGCUCAAUUCACCGAACACGGAUGUUCAACAGCUCAGGCACCCCUGAUGCCCACGAAAAAGCUUGGAUGGCUUGUUGGAGGCUUUGCCAACGCCUGUACGACAACCGUGACGAAGACCACUAUGAUCACCACGUCCGAGAGAAUCUGGAUCACUGCCGAGACUUUUGCCAGUCCCUCUUCGACGUCCGCCAGAGGAAGGAUGAAGUUGCUGAUUCUGUUCUGAGAGUCAGUUUUGAACUGAACAACCAUGCCCAGGAUAUCCAGAAUCUACCGGAACCUUUCCGCGAGCGUACUCUAGAUUUCUACAUCACUCUUUGUCAUCGAUUGAUGAAACAGCGGAGCGAGCUGGCCGAUGAAACGGACUCUUUGCUGAAGGCAUGUUGGUCGCUUGCCGAGAUGCUUUUUAGUUUGAGACAGAACAAGCGGGAUGGAAGAGCGUCCGACGAGGAGCUGCUGUGUUCGGCGGUGCAGGCCUGCUGGGAGCUUUGCGACCUUUUCAGAGACGGGUGGACCCAAGUCCGACCAGACAGAAACACUCCUCGACCAAGCCAGACGAGCUUCUUCGGCCACCAGCAGCAGUAUGACCAACCUGCGCGAGGCGAAAGUAGAGCAUCGAACCGGUCGUCCUACUCAAAGAGGGAAAGCCAUAAGAGCCUGACCGAAGAGCGGCCACGAAAGCCACCACCAGUACCUGAAACUCCCGUGACUGAGUUCGAAGACACACCAAUCUCCCCAGAGAGCUCAUCCCCUCGAGUGCCGAAUAUCCUCGUUCUUGGCGCAACAUCAGACAGCGGGCGUGGGGGCCGGUGGUCAAGCAGUGCUUCCCAGCUGUCGAGCUACUCACAAAGCAGCAACAAGACAUCCAGUACAGCGACAACAACCACGGCAGGCGAGGACAGCAACAGCAGCCGUAUCAAAGCUCUCAUUAUUAAGGCGGCCAUGAAUGUGGGCUUCACUCGGGAUCCGGCUCUUGACAGUAAAGCCGAGAAGUCAGCACUCCAAGCCUUCGUCAAGCACAUGCCCACGGGAUCUUUCGGCUCUCUCCCUGCGCACUCAACGAUGUUGCAGCACUACAAGAACCUUGUGCAUGCCGAUUCAUCGUUUAGAGGAUCUUCGCUGCUGCCGGCUCGUGGAAAACGCAUCUCGGCGCAUGACCUGGCCAAGAGCGUCCACUACAUGAGCCAGAGGUCCAGCCAGUAUGCCUUUCUACGCGAUCUCUACAGACUCGUGUUUGGCUUCCCACCUGAGGAGGGUGAGUCGAGAAAGUCGACAACCAUUGCCAUCUGA